UGGCUGCGUGGUUUGCCAGCGUCCCAGCUCCGUAUUCUCGGCUGGGAUCCGAGCGCAGUCGGACGCUUCCCUGUUUGUGAACAUUUUGGAAAGUGGACACCUAUUCUUGUUGACACAUUUGAUGAAGUAACAACGGGACGCAUGAAGGAGAGCAGCAUGAAUGUGGACAGUCUUAGCAAACCAGAGUUGCUGAUGCUCCUAAGCAUCUUGGAGGGAGAGCUGGAGGCCCAGGACCUGGUGAUACACACACUCCGGUCCCAGCACAGGGACGCGUUCGUUCAGGAUCGGUAUGGCCUGUAUGACCUCAGCGACCCCUUCAUGGCGCUCCAGAGGGACACCGAGGUGGUGGGGGGGUCCGUUACCGACGGCGACGGCGAGGGAGGGGGCAUCCCCAACCCUCUGGCCGUCCUCAAGCUGCUGAUGGCCCACUGCAAACGCAUGCAGGACAAGAUGAGAGCCCAGCUCACCGCCGCCGAGAUCAGGCACCGCAGGGUCAUUUCCGACCUUGAAGAAGAGAAGCGCCGUCAUGCACAGGACACCGCACAGGGCGAUGAUGUCACAUACAUGCUGGAAAAAGAGCGGGAGAAACUUCUGCAGCAGCUGGAGUUAGAGCAGGCGCGUCACCAGCAGCUGCAGCAGGAGUGUGACCGGGCCGUCUCCCACGCCCACGAGGAGGCGGAGCGCGCGUCGGACCUCCAGCACCGCCUGCAGCAGGAGUGCAGCGCCGCCGAGAUCCUGCAGGGGGAGCUGGAGGAGCAGAGGGGCCACACGCAGCAGAUAGAGGCCUCGGCAGAGAAGCAGCUGGCCGAGUUCGACACGGAGCGAGAGCAGCUCAGAGCCAAACUCAGGCGAGAGGAACAGCGCAGCAAAGAACUACAGGAACAGCUGGAGUCUCUGAGGAAGGAGCUGCGUGAGCGCGAGGCGGGAGUGAAGGAGAAGGGAGAGAAGGAGCGAGAGAACAAGAAGGAGAAGGAGAACGGAGGAAAAGAGAAAGAGAUCGGCAAACAGAAAGAGAGGGCCGCGGCCACGCCCCCCACCACCACCUCCACCCAGAACCAGACGGAUGGGAAGUCGCCGUUAGCAACCAGAGCCCCUCCCCCGAACCGCCUAAAUGGCCACGCCCCCCAGAGUCCCGUCCAUCAGGAGAACGGAGUGGAGGCGGGGUCUGUGGGCGUGGUUUCAGGGGGUAGACCCGCCUCCCCAGCGAUGACCACACCCAUCCAGAGCCCCACCCCCAGCAGCCCCGCUUCUUCCUCCCUAAGCUCCUCCCCCUGCUCCUCUCCUAUCCUAUCCAAACGCACGUCUCACUCGCACACGCCCCCCUUCUCCCCCGUCUACCAGUCCAGCGUCACCCAGCGCUUCCAGGCGGCGCGCCACAAGUUCCAGUCCCAGGCCGAGAUGGAUCAGCACACACACACACACACACACACACUGUCCCCCCGCGACCUCUCGCCCGUCACCACCCCCACCCCCACCCCCCCGCCAGCGGCCGACAACAACAGCGCGGCCAAGCAGCUGGCCCGGAACACGGUGACGCAGGUGCUGUCGCGCUUCACCAGCCAGCAGGGCGGCGCCAAACACGCCCCCCUCAGCAGCUCGCCCUUCGGCACGGACUACCGCACCCUGGCCACUUCGUCCGCCCCUUCCUCCUCCUCCUCCUCGCCCACCGGCCGCACCCCUGGCCCGCUCUCGCCGGGCAUCAGAUCUCCCGGCAUCCCCCGCUGCGAGAAGGGACACCCGCCACCGGUCCCACCCAAAAGGCCCGGAGCCAGCCAAUCACCGAGCUCGCCUGGACCCUCCCGCUCCAGCCACUUCCCUGAGCUGACAGGUAGCUGUGGCAUGACCAGCACACAAGAGGGCGCCAAAGAGCUGGACCUGGUGGUGUCGUCCUCCAGCUAACGCACACACACACUUAUGAAAACACAACUACACAUACAGGCUAUACACACACACACAUAUGAACACACAACU